CUGCUGCUUUACUUGGGACCUGUCUAUAUACAUUAGUUUGCAAAAUGGCCCUGAUGAUGAAGCGCUCGGCCGUCGCGGCUCGCCCGGCCGUUUCUCGCAAGGCCGUGGUGACCUGUGUCGCUCGUCAGUCGUGGCUGCCAGGCAGCGAGACUCCUAAGCACCUUGACACCCCGGCUGCCCUGGCGAUGGCGGGCAACUUUGGCUUCGACCCCCUCGGUCUUGGCAAGGACGCCGAGGCUCUCCGCUGGUACCAGCAGGCUGAGCUGGUGCACUCCCGCACUGCCAUGACCGCCGUCGCCGGCAUCCUCAUCCCCGGCCUGCUGACCAAGGCGGGUGUCCUGAGCGUGCCCGAGUGGUACGAUGCCGGCAAGGUGGCGAUCGACAACUCGUUCGCCCCCUUCAGCUCCCUGCUGGCCGUCCAGAUGUUCCUGUGCGGCUUCGUUGAGGUUAAGCGCUGGCAGGACUUCCGCAAGCCCGGCAGCCAGGCCGAGCCAGGCAGCUUCCUGGGCCUCGAGGGCGCCUUCGGCGGCUCCGGCGACAACGGCUACCCCGGCGGCAUCUUCGACCCCCUGGGCCUGUCUAAGGACGCCUCCAAGCUGGCUGACUGGAAGCUCAAGGAGAUCAAGAACGGCCGCCUGGCCAUGAUGGCUCUCCUGGGCUUCGCUGCCCAAAAGGGCGCCACCGGCGCUGGCCCCAUUGACAACCUGUCUGCCCACCUUGCGGACCCGUGGCACGUGAACUUCACCUCCAACGGCGUGUCCCUGCCCUUCCUGUGAAGGCCGCGACUGCGUGCUGUGCUGUACAUUAUGGGUUGGGUUUGGGGCGUGACCGUGUGAUGAGCGUUGCAAAGUGCAUUUUUGUUGGACGCCAGGGGUAUGCUUGCAGGUCCGUUAGUUAUGCACCUGCGAAUUUUCGAACAACUGCGGAGGUGUGACUGGGGCCUGCAGCUGCUCUUCCUCUUGAUUGUAACUCCACA